UAAGCAAGUUCAGGCGGAUUUCAGCCAGAGUUCAGGAUUAAAGUCAGGGUAGUUUUAAUAUGCUCCCUGGAAUACCCCCCUGGUUAUCCAUGUCUGGGCGUCCUAUUUUUAUUUGGUGCACAGGUCGAGACGCCAAGAUGGCAGCACGCACUCUGUCUGUCUGUUAGCGUCCUGUGAAUGAAUGAGUUUAUUUUUAUUUUUUCUUAACGACUUUUAAGCUAUUUUAGAUUAUAAUUUAUAGUUGUUUCUGGCCUUUCUGAGAAUGGUAUUUUGUUUAUCAAUUACCGUGCUUGUUUUUAGAAAGGCUAGCUCCGAAACUCUGUGAGUCAAAGCCUACUCGAUUCAUUAAGACCCAAAACCAGGGUUGGUUCACUGAUAUUCGAAGGAACGCUCCAUUUUUUAUUUUUAUUUUUUUUAUUUUUAUUUUUUAUUUUUUCGACGAUCAUGAACUGUAUGCGGUCAUCAUGAAGAUUAUCACCGGGUGAUCGUCGCUGGAUUCCUGGCGUGACUAACCUUGACGGGCCUUAUACUUCAUCAAUUAAGGGAAGUCCCAAUUUACCUUCUAUCGAAGCUGGCGCACUAUUGUAUAUAUUUUUGCCAAAGUUGAGAUGCUGAUGCCGUCCUGCCUUCCUAGCACCUGUGUGAUAUGCCCUAUCCGAAGCAGAUCCAGGAGCGCUUGGCUGGUUGAUGAGCUUGCUAUCUUUGUGUGAAGGAAAGUGCUUGAUUCAACCCUCGGAUCGUGUGAUCUAUACCCAUUUAAAGUUGAACUAAGCUUGGGCAGUAAUUUCGCUCUUUUUGCCCGCAGCUUUCAAGCUCCGUGUUCCUUGCUGUUUGUGUGGCACGUCACGGGAGGACGUCUGACAAAAAACAAAACAAAACAAAAAAAAAAAAAAAAAAAAAAAAAACGGCUCUCGGUGUAUCCCGAACUGGAUUCUGGCAGAUAUCUGGACUGAAGGCUGCCAUGGCCAAAGUUUUAAAUACCUUCCUUCAAAGCCCCCGGCAAAUAAUAUCAAGGGCUGAAAUAUUCUUCCUGCUAACAUUGGCCUUAUAUUCCAUCGGAGACUUUGGCAUUGCCGUAGCUCUUCGGGAGUCAGAUGACUCCCGUCCAGUGAAUCCAGUGUGUUGUGUAUUUCAUGCUGGAACAAAAACUUUUAUUCAUGAAUGUCAUAAUGCAUACGCAUCUGUGUGUCUCUCAGACAAUCCAAAUGAACUGCUGCACCUCAGCUGUGUAAUGGUUCUUCAGAAGAAUUUUACUAUAAACUCUACUAUAGCAUUCUUAAAAACGUUCCCAUCUCUAGGACCUUCAAAUGCAGUAUGUAAGAAACCACAACUUCAAAGACGCCUCAUCUUCUUAUUGUUGUUAAUCUCCGGGAAUAUUCCACCAAACCCUGGACCAGAUAGUCCUACUUUUAGUACUCCUGAAGACUUCAAAUCUCGUAAUGGUCUUGGAUUCAUUCAUCUCAAUGUAAGGAGUUUAUUGCCUAAAAUGGAUAUGAUACGCAUUUGGGCAAUUUCAACUGAAGCAGAUGUAAUUGUUGUUUCUGAAACAUGGUUAAACAAAUCAAUAACUGACUUUGACAUACAUAUCAAUGGUUAUAAUGUUUUUAGGGCUGAUCGUCCCAAAAGGGGGGGAGGUAUAGCCAUCUAUAUCAAAACUAAACUUAAUGCAAAAGUUCUUCUGCAAACAUCAAUGGCAAAGAAAUUUGAACUUUUAGCUCUUGAUCUGGAGAUCUCUAAUUCUCUGCAUAUUACCCUAGUUGGUUGCUAUAGAGCGCCCUCUGCUGAUGGCUCUGCUCUUCCCUCUUUAAUGGAACUGCUGUCUUCCUUAAAAUACAAUGAAGUUGUAAUAAUUGGAGAUUUAAACUGGAACUGGUUGCAAGCUGUUUCUGAUGAUUUUAAAUCUUACUGUGAUUCCCUGAACCUCUUUCAAUUAGUAAAUGAUCCUACUCGACCUAACCCCAAAUUUCCGGAGAAAUCCUCGCUAAUUGAUUUGAUUCUUACAAAUUCUCCUUCAAAGUAUUCAACUGCUGCUGUAUUUGCAAAUGAUAUAAGUGAUCACUGUAUCAUUGCUACAUCGAGAAACACAAAAAUGCCCAAAACCAAACCACACAUUAUCAUAAAACGCAAUGUCAAGCAAUUUUGUGAACAAUCCUUUUGUCAAGAACUAUAUGAAUUUGACUGGCACACGAUGAUGGAAAUUGAUAAUGUUGAAAGGGCCUGGAGUUAUUUCCAUAAUGAAUUUACAAAAAUCCUUGAUAGACAUGCUCCUAUCAGGCACUAUAAAGUGAAAGGUCGUAAUAAUCCGUGGUUUAGCUCAGAUUUGGCUAACCAACUACAUGAAAGGAAUGUAGCAUGGGCAAAAGCUAGACAUUCUGAUAAUGCAUCUGACUGGCUGGCAUUCAGAAAACUACGCAAUGCUUGCACUACUGCAAUUCGAAAUGUGAAAUCUGACCAUUUUUUGAAAAAUACUACAGAAAAUUUAAAUAAUCCCUCAAAGUUUUGGAAGAUAGUUAAGUCCCUAAAUGAAAAUAAUUCAGGUAUUGAGCUCCCUUCAAGUAUAAUGAAAAACACUUGUAAUAUAACAGACAAGACAGAGAUGCUUUUAUGUUUUAAUGAGCAUUUUGUUUCCUCUGGAUCAUUAUUUAAUUCUAUAAAACAUUCAGCUGAGUACUCCCUCCCUGUGAAUCACGAAGAUUUAAUACAUAAUUUCUCAUUUUCCCUCUUCACAACUUCAGAAGUCUCAGAAGCCCUUAAACUCCUUGAUCCUACUAAAUCUGCUGGUCCUGAUGAUCUGGAACCAUAUUUUAUAAAAGCGGCAGCAGACUCUAUCGCACUUCCACUGACCUAUUUAUUUAAUUUGUCUUUGUCCACAAACACCAUUCCGCAUGCUUGGAAGUCCGCUUAUGUGUUACCUCUACUUAAAGGUGGUGACCCAACAAAUUUGAAUAACUAUAGACCAAUUUCCAAGUUACCCAUUUUGGCAAAAGUUUUGGAAGGUCUUAUAAGCGUACAAUUAAAAGAAUUUCUCAUUUCAAAUAAUAUUUUAAGCCCAUCACAAUCAGGUUUUAGAAAGCAACACAGCACAACAACCGCAGCUCUUAAAGUUUUAAAUGACAUAUCUGAAUCUCUGGAUGACAAACGCCACUGUGCCGCCCUUUUCAUCGACCUCUCUAAAGCCUUUGAUACUGUGGACCAUGCUGUGCUUAAAAAUAAACUGCGCAGUAUUGGGCUGUCAGAGCAUUCUGUUGGGUGGUUUGCAAACUACCUGUCUGACAGGACACAGUGUGUAAAGGUUCAGAACCAAAAAUCAAAAUUUUUAAAAGUAUCCGCAGGGGUUCCACAAGGCUCGAUUCUUGGGCCACUGCUUUUUACAAUCUAUAUAAACGACCUUGAUAAAGGUAUCAUCGAUAACCUGCACUUAUAUGCUGAUGAUACCAUCUUGUACACUUCAGCACUUUCAGUUGAGCUUGCCAUAUCAAAGCUCCAAUCAGCUUUUAAUCAACUGCAGAACACUUUUUAUCAUUUAAAACUGGUUUUAAACUCAAAUAAGACUAAAUACAUGCUAUUCUCUAAAAGCAAAGCCAAACUCAAAAACCUGCUCCCAAUUACUACAAAAGAAGGGCAUUUAAUUGAACUGGUCACAGAAUACAAAUACCUUGGUAUUUUAAUUGAUGAUUGUCUAACUUUUAAACCACAUAUUCAGAAACUGGCUCAUAGGCUGAAACUAAAAUUACGCUUUUAUUUCAGAAUCAAAUCAUGUUUAUCAUUCGAAGCCCGUAAGAAACUUGUCACUGCUACUUUUAUGUCUGUCCUUGAUUUUGGUGAUGUGGUUUAUAUGAAUGCUUCUGCUGAUGCUUUGCAUGCUUUGGAUACUGUUUUUCAUGGUGCACUGCGUUUUAUAACAAACAUGAGGUCACUAACCCAUCACUGUCUUCUGUAUGCUCGGGUAGGUUGGCCCUCCUUAUCCCAGCGCAGACUGAAACAUUGGUACCUUUUAAUUUAUAAAUGCAUUCUUGGGUUGGUACCGUCUUAUCUCCAGCAGCUCAUAGAACUGAAGAGCAGCAGCAGCUACAGCCUGCGCUCUCAGGACACGGUCCUGCUCUCUGUGCCCAGAGUGCGCACAGAGAUGGGAAAAAAGGCUUUUAGAUUUGCUGCGGCACAGUUUUGGAAUGAACUCCAGAAAGAUUUUAAAUUGAAAGAAUUGAUCUCCCUGGGCUCUUUUAAAAAACUUUUAAAUGAACGUGAGACAAAGCUUUCAAAUUGUAAAUGCUUUAUUUAAAACUGUCUUUUAUGAUUGAGUGUGAGUGUAUAUAAGUGUUGUGUGUUAUUGUUGUGCUGCUGCCUCUUGGCCAGGACGCUCUUGAAAAAGAGAUUUUUAAUCUCAAUGAGUUUUUAUCCUGGUUAAAUAAAGGUGAAAUAAAAAUAAAUAAAAAUGUCUGUUGACUCAGAAAUCACAUUUGGUCCUGUUUACAAUGGGGGUGAAGAUGAAAGUGACACGCUGAUCUACGAAGACUUUCUUUUCCCCCCAAGCUCGACUACCUCACAAGAUAAAACAAGAGUCAGCAUACAUCAUAGCAACACCUUGCAUGAUUUGAUUGCUGCUUUCUCUGAUGCUGAAAUUUUAAACACAGAAGUGAUUGUGAAACGCAGACUUCCAGACAACACAGAGGAAGUAGGAAAUGGAUCUGGAAGACUGAGAGAUGUUCUGAGCUGCUUCUGGCAUGAUUUCUACAAAUGUUUGCACGUUCAACACGAUUUUACUGCUGAAACAUGGAAAGCAGUAGCCAGAUUUCUUUUGGAAGGUUUUCUUUCUUUUUUUUUUUUGGUUACCUGGAUUGUCAGCAAGCAUCUCCCAAACUUCCCUUCAUUGAACAAGUGCUUUUUUAUCGUGUGAACACAGACCUUAAAGCUCAUAUUGUGCCGUUUGUGAGCAACCAAAGACUUGAAGUUUUGAUGUUACCAAUGAGUGACAUCUUUGCAGUUGACUGUGACGAUCUUAUGAAAAUUCUGGACAGCUUUGGUAGAAAUAGACUAAUCACAGCUGAGACUCUUCCCACAAUACUUAAUGACAUAGCACACACAGAGCUAGUCCAAAAAACACCUCUCUCACACCAAAGGCACUGUUCUGAAUGUGUGUAUGUGACUCUCGGUAAAGUGCGUGGGAAUUUUGCAUUAGGACACGCCCACAUACAUUAUGGACACGCCCCUCUAGCCUGUCUCUGUGAAGAACUUCCGGCGCCGCAGCUCUGAACAACAGAGCUGUCCGAUGCUUCUGCUGUCCUCUUCCGCCCAGAGGCCCUUUCUCCAGUCGCAGUGCCAGAAAAGGACACAGCCAUAGCUACACUGUCCGACUGUAUCAGAUUCAAUGAGGGAGCCAGAGUGGGAGGAGCAGCCUGAAGACAACAUGCCCCCCAAGUUUAAACGGCAUCUCAAUGAUGAGGAGGUCACAGGAUCUGUCCGCAGUGAAAGGAGGAACCUCCUGGAGGAAGACUCUGACGAGGAGGAAGACUUUUUUCUGAGGGGGCCCUCAGGACCCAGAUUUGGAGCUCCGAACAACAAAAUCAAGCAUGUGCAGUCGCAGGUUGAUGAGGUGAUCGACGUGAUGCAGGAGAACAUCUCCAAGGUGAUCGAGAGGGGGGAGCGUCUCGAUGACCUGCAGGACAAGUCAGAGAGUCUGUCAGACAACGCCUCCGCCUUCAGCAGCCGAGCCAAGCAGCUGCACAGGAGGAUGUGGUGGAGAGACAUGAAGAUGAAGAUCAUCGUGGCGUUGGUUGUUAUUGCUCUGCUGCUGGUUAUCAUCAUUCCAGUAAUCAUCAGAUAUCAUUAGCAGCUGAUGAGGAGGAUGAGGGACAGCCUGUCUCCCUCUCUUCUUCCAUCGGAAACCCAUCCACCUGCACACAGGCUCCAGCUGUCGCCCCCCCCCCACAUCCCAGGGUCCAUGGUCCGGUCCUCCAGUAUUGUUUAGACUGUUGUAUUCCUACUUAAACUGGAAGGACGCUCCACUGCUGCUUGGACGUCCCCCUGCUCACAGAGAGAAGGGGCAGAAGAAGGGAGAACGGCAUCCCGUGGAUCCGUCCUCCAUUCCAUGACCCGUUUGGCUUUGGCAGCACAUGUGGAGGGAGAUCAGCAGUGUUUGUGGCAGGAGAGACCCUGCUGCAGCUGGUUCUGGUUGAUGAACCUCUGAUGUUGACCCACCAUUCCCCCUUUUUUUGACCAAAAGCACAUGUUCUCCAACCUUGCAAGAGGUGAAGAAACCUUCAUCUGUGCUUUCAUCCCACUUUACUGAACCUUUGAGUUCUGGUUCCUCGUCAGCAAACGUCGUCUUCUCCUCUUUCCUGGUGGUUCUGUUUCAGUUUUACUCUGGAGGGGAUUGGUUCACCGCUUUUUCCGACAUCCUGGAGCUCUGGGUUUUGCUCUUCGAGAUGCUCUGCUCGUCCACGGGUGGCGUUCAUCUCCUCCUGUGGGACAUUUGAGGCCAUGGAUGUAAUGGUGGAAAUGUGACUGUAAUAACUUGGCAUUGUAACUUCAUUCUGUUUGUCUAAUUUAUUUUAGCUGUCAAUAGUUAUCUGUACUGAUUAUAUACAACAUUGAAAGACUGUGAUCUUUUUUUGCUCUGAAGUAAAGUGGUUUUAAGGAGCA